AUGUUGGCACCAAGGACACGCAUGGUGUGGGGUGAACGCGUUAGUCUUCGGAAAGUUGAAAAAGCCGCCAAAUCCAAAAAAAACAAAUUUCUGAAACAACCAUCAACCCGGAUUUCUUCACUUUUAGUCGGCUGUUGGGAGGAUGCCGUUAUUGAUAACAUCGAUGAGGGAUACGAUCGGGUCACUCAGCAUCUUCACAUUAGCGCUAUGAAGGCUGAAAGUGCGAAAGUCACCAAGAGACGACUGUCGCCAGAAGCACUUGAACGGAUACGUCAGUAUGGAAUCGCGUGA